UUAAACAUUUGGUAACAAGCUCUGAGAUAAUGAACAUCAUAUUCGGAAUAUUGAGCUGCUUGAUGCUCCCCAUCCUGAUGGCCAGUGGUAAAAAGAGCUGUGACGUGGACGCGAAGGUUGGGGUUGGAGGAGGCUACGCUUUCGAGUCCCUCAGGUUUCCCAAAAAAUAUCCGCCCGGCACCAGCUGCACGUUGCGAGCUGUAACCAAAUUGACUAAUGACACGUUGAGAAUGAGAUGUAUAAUUGACAUCCCCGAAGAUCCAGGAUGCCUCAAAAAUAGAUUCGUAGUCGAGAAAGACUACGGUGACGCGGCGCUGCUGGUUACGGCAGCUUACUGUGGCAAGGAGGAAUUCACGGAUACUAGUUUCUGGCCACACCACAAAGCACAUAUACGAGCCAAACUAACUUCUUCCGGGAAUAAAACGGGCAGAUUCUUUUGCUUAAUCACAGCCGAAAGUUUCCCAGAAGUUUCCCAUUGAUAACAAUCCAAAAAUAUUGGAAAAUAAUAUUUUAAUGAAAUAAAUCCGUCCUUCCGUCUCGAUGAGCGUACAUAUCUCGGAGAUUCAGUGUGGAGGCUACAGAGAUAUUACACGGUGGAAAGUAACGAAAUUCUCUCGAAUUCCCCCGCUCGAUCGCAAAUAGCAAAUGGACCGCAAAAGCGAAUGUCCGAAUGUAGCCGUUAAAUCGUCCACCUUGGAACUGCCUGGUCAGGCGGCAAUCUUUUUCUCUGAGGAUUGUCGGCUGACAGCCAACAGCCGAGAAAUCGAAUUAAAGUCAUUUCAAAUCAAAUUGAAUUUGUUAAAUGCUCUGUGGCCUGCACAGAAAGCAGACAGAAAGGCUAUAUCGACUCGCCUAUUGAUGCUGAUCAAGAAUAUAUGUAAAUCAAUACGAAUCUGAGAUAUGUACCUAUAUAUAU